AAAAAUACCUAAGAGCCAAUUUGCUUCUCAAGCCACCACCAUCAUUCAUCCAUGGCGGCUUCUACUCUAUCUUCCUCUUCUCUCUCCCUAAACCCUAACAACAAGUUCUGCCACACCCAUCUCCCUAUUCAUCUCCGAAAACCGUUCCUUAAACCCUCCUCUGUCUCUCUUCUCCCAGCCAAUCUCUCUUCAUCUCCUUCCCCCGGUGCUUAUGGAGUUUCUCCGUGUUUCUCGCACGCGAGUGAGAGAUUUUCAGCGGAAAAUGAAUACCCAGUUGAUAUUUUUGCUGAUGAUGAUGACGAAAAACCCCGCGAGGAGUGCGGCGUCGUAGGAAUCUAUGGCGACCCGGAGGCCUCGCGGCUCUGUUACUUGGCUCUCCACGCGCUUCAGCAUCGUGGGCAGGAAGGGGCAGGUAUUGUAGCCGUGAACAACGAUAGGGUUCUUCAAUCUAUUACCGGUGUUGGGUUGGUUUCCGAAGUUUUCAAUGAGUCCAAACUCGACCAGUUGCCUGGAGACAUGGCGAUUGGUCAUGUCCGGUACUCGACGGCCGGUUCUUCGAUGCUGAAGAACGUUCAGCCGUUCGUCGCUGGCUAUCGGUUUGGGUCAGUAGGCGUUGCCCACAACGGGAAUUUAGUGAAUUACAAGAAAUUGAGAGCCACGCUCGAGGAAAACGGUUCGAUUUUCAAUACUAGUUCUGAUACUGAAGUUGUGCUUCAUUUGAUUGCGAUUUCUAAAGCCAGACCCUUUUUCAUGAGGAUUGUUGAUGCGUGUGAGAAGCUUCAGGGUGCGUAUUCUAUGGUGUUUGUGACUGAGGAUAAGCUCGUCGCUGUUCGUGACCCGUUUGGGUUUAGGCCAUUGGUGAUGGGUAGGAGAAGCAACGGAGCGAUAGUUUUCGCUUCAGAGACUUGUGCUCUCGACUUGAUCGAGGCAACGUACGAGAGAGAGGUUUAUCCAGGUGAGGUUAUGGUUGUGGAUAAGGACGGUGUGAAAUCUCAGUGUCUAAUGCCUCACCCCGAGCCAAAACAGUGCAUUUUCGAGCAUAUCUACUUCUCGUUACCAAACUCCAUAGUGUUUGGCCGGUCUGUGUACGAAUCUCGUCGCAUAUUCGGCGAGAUAUUAGCCACAGAAUCUCCCGUUGAUUGCGAUGUCGUGAUUGCUGUGCCCGACUCUGGUGUGGUGGCUGCUCUGGGGUACGCAGCCAAAGCUGGAGUUGCCUUUCAGCAAGGUCUGAUAAGGUCACACUAUGUGGGCAGAACCUUCAUCGAGCCAUCGCAGAGAAUCAGGGAUUUCGGUGUGAAGCUAAAGCUGUCGCCCGUCCGUGGAGUAUUGGAAGGGAAGAAGGUGGUAGUGGUGGAUGAUUCGAUCGUGAGGGGGACAACCUCGUCCAAGAUUGUCCGUCUCUUGAGAGAAGCGGGCGCCAAAGAGGUGCAUAUGAGGAUAGCAAGCCCUCCUAUCGUGGCUUCGUGUUACUAUGGCGUGGACACUCCUAGCUCGGAGGAACUGAUAUCGAACAGGAUGAGUACCGAUGAGAUUAGGGAUUUCAUCGGGUGUGACUCUCUCGCCUUCUUGUCGUUCGAUAGCUUGAAGAGGUUCUUAGGGGAAGAGUCUAGGAGUUUCUGCUACGCUUGCUUCACUGGGAAUUAUCCGGUGAAGCCAACGGAGGUUAAGGUGAAAAGGGGAGGAGAUUUUAUCGACGAUGGUCUCACCGGAGGUAUUGACGCCAUUGAUGGAGGUUGGGUUAGAUAGCUGAAGCUUCAUUUGCAGAGAACAACAGGACAAGUUUUUAUGUGGUAAUAAUGGAGGGAAAGAUUGCUUCUUGGCCUUAUUGCAAUAUUUGUUGUUCUUCCUCGGAUGGGAGAUGGAGUUUUUAACUUAACUGUCUUGUCCGAGACAUGCAAGAUUUUGUGUUCUUUUUUUUUUUUUUUUACCUCAUUUAGAACUCGUUUUUCCUUUGUUUCAUUGUCAUUUAAGAGAGAGAGAGAGAGAGAUUUAAGCUCUAAAACUGGAAAUCCAUGUUUGAGACAUGUCUCUUGUUCCCUCCAGGCUCCAUCUAAAUAACUGAAUAUUCCCAUUGUGAGUU